UGUAAAACUUGCAUGUGGAUGGAAGCAAAGGCAAUUAGAAUGAUUACGCUGAAGUCAAGUCCGGGUUAACCAUAUCACGAUGAUUGCAUGGAGAUGGGGACAUUACCCCUACACAGAAGGAACUCAAAAAUCACCCACCGAACCAAGUUUAACACCAACUUAUUACAAGGACUAUCUGCCAAAGAACGAAGAAACAAAGACGUGUCUGAUCUGUGGAGAUAGAGCUACUGGACUGCACUAUGGAAUCGUAUCGUGCGAAGGCUGCAAAGGCUUCUUCAAGAGAAGCAUUUGCAACAAACGCGUCUACAGGUGUCUGCGCGACAAGAACUGUAUGAUGUCGAGGCAGAAGCGAAAUCGAUGCCAAUAUUGCAGAUUAAUUAAAUGCCUACAGGUCGGGAUGAACAGAAAAGCAAUAAGAGAAGAUGGAAUGCCAGGCGGGCGGAAUAAAAGCAUUGGACCUGUUAAGUUAUCAGCUGACGAAAUUGAACGGAUAAUGUCUGGUGAAGAUUAUGAUAGAGUAGAAAACGCUGAAGUAGCUGCAUUGAGCCCGUCAAGAAGUGACGGCUUUUCUGAGCAGUCUUCUCCUAGUUCAAAUGGCAGUGUAAAUUCAAGUGAUUCUGAUCGCCAGGAUGGGCAGCCUCUAGAAGCCGAUUUACGUCGAGCUACCUGGUACCCCAGUAGUAACAGUUCUCUUCUUCCAGAAGUCGAGAAAUUAAUUAUCAUUGAGACGGAGCAGCAACUUCAACUGCCUUACGAAUUCACAUCACAAACAAAUGUUGACUACAAUUGUUUAUUUGGGUUACUUUGUAAGAUAAUGGAUCAAACCCUGCAUUCUGAAAUUCUGUGGGCCAAGAGUGUACCCUACUCUAACAAGAUUCCGAUCACUGAUUUAACCCUAAUGAUAAGCAAUACUUGGGCAGAAAGUUUGGUUCUUGGGGCACUUCAGUCUCAUCCAAAAAAUGUCUUUGUUGGCCUUAGCCGCAUUCUAGAAAAUUAUUUUCCAAGCGAAGAUGAACUUCGUAGAUUUGGCCAAACCGGUAUAGAAAUUAUUGACAGCAUGACCACCACAGCGGCUCGGUAUCGAAACAUGGGCGUCAAUUUAGGAGAAUUCGUUUGCCUCAAGACGAUCAACUUCCUCAAUCCAGAAAUAGAUAGUUUAUCAGAUCCAACAGCAAUAGAAGAAAUGAGUAAACACUACUGCUUCCUACUUCACGAUCAUUCGCAGCUGAAUAAUAAAGCCCAGGCAGGACGCUUUAGAGAACUCAUGAUGUUGCUGCCUGACGUGCGUAUUCUCGCGCGCAAAUUCAAUGAAAUUUCUGUAGAUAGUAUCCCGCUACUUUUCAAAGCAAUCACCCAUGUGUGCCAAGUUCAAGCUACUGCAAUUUCUGUUCCUCAAUGCAGAGGUAAUGAAGCAACUACAUCUUCAAAUUUCUCCAAGAGUACAUAAUGACGUCACAGAUUUGAUUAACAAUUUUGCAAAUAAAACAACUAUUAAACUAUUUAAGUUCAUGGUAAUAUUUUCCCCCUGGAAACAUUACUUUAUACUUGCAUCAUUUGUAAUCAGGACUCACACAGUUCCACUAAUUCUGGUGGAAUAUGGUUUAUUUUUCAAUGAUAAUUUGGUAAUCUUACAAACAAUAGGAUCUUCGAAUUUCAUCAAUGAUAAUUGAACUCGCUAAUAUGUAUCACAAUUUAACUCUUUAGAAUAAAAAAAAUAGAUAUACUGUAUGUUGUUACCAAUUAUUGUAGUUUUUCCAAACAUAUUUUAUGGCAAAUUUGGUUAUUUACUUUUGGAAGAGUAUUUUAAGCCACUGAUUCUCUUUAUGGGAUAAGUGACAGAUUCAUGUAUUAAAACAGAACUGUUCAUGACUUAAGGAGCUCUCUUCAUAUAUUUUUGGCUGGCUUACAAUUAUAUUAAUUUUUUUAAUGAAUAUAAAAUGAGUUCUUGUCGUAGGAUUGUCUGCUGAGCGGUGAGAAGCUUCUUAACUACGUGCUCACUGAUAGGAUGUACCGUAGUGUACUUUUAGUAUGAAUAUUGAAGUGAAGAAACUCAAACAAAUGUUUAUCUGAAAAACUAGAUUAUGCAUCUGAAAUGUCAUUGCAGCUGUAGGGGCCUUUGUAUCCCCAUUUUUUAAUUUAUUGUAAUUUAUAAAAAAAAAAUGUACCUUCCUCUGAAUGAAUACAAAAAAAACUAAUCCCGGUUCUUGCUAUUCAACCCAUUAGUCAUAUUAAUCUGAGGAGUUUAAUUUUUACAAAUAAUUUGAUAAAUAUUGAUUUAUAAUCUCUGGGUCCAUGGAUUUAGUGGUUCGAAAUUUUAUAAUAAUAGAUCUUACUGUAAUUUGUUUCUCUGAAGUUGUAAUUUCUGAAGACGAUAAAGCUUACAAUUGAGUAUUAUUAUCAAUAAACGUAAAUAAACUACAAAUUCUCAUAAAAAUGUUUAUGCUAAAUACGCUAAUGCUGCUUUAUUUGAUUACAGAUGAAUCAUAUGUGCCUGGAUUCCUCACAUGCUUGCAACAUGAAGGUACUGUAUUGUUAAUACACCUCCAUGCUUGCAGUAACCACAAUGAAUUUUCUAUCAGUUGUGGUCAUCCGUAGGCACAUAGUCGUUGGUUCAAUCAAAUGUGCUUUAUUUUUUAAAUGAUUAUAAUUAUCUGAUCCCUAUUCAAUCGAAAGCUCUGUCCAAACUGUCAAAUUUUCAUUGACAAACAAAAACGGAUGUAUGCCCAUAUAUACAGUAGUCAUGAUGUGCCUAUAUAUGGCCAUGAUGUGUUGUUGUCAUGAUUCUAUUAUUUAGGCAUGUCAUAUGUUUUUGUCAAACAAGAUUUGAUAGUUUGAACGGGGCUUUAGUAGUUUAUAUCUGAUGCCAAAUGAAUACUAAUAAUAAUUUUUA